AUGAGGCUCGGCUUCGGUGUGAGGCUCGGUGUCAGGUUCGGCUUCGCGUCAGGCUCGGGCUUCGUAUCAGGCUCGGCUUCGGAUUCAUUAAAGAAGUAUCCGUGUGGAGGGGAACACACCCCCAGCCCCAUCGCCUCCGCUGUUCCUCUGUCUGCCGCCCCAUCUCUGACCACUGACACUCAACUCACCGCAGUCACCACCACUACCGAGGCCGGUCACACCAUCGCUCUGCUCGGGGACAAGAACGGAUGGCUGCACAAGGUAUUUCUCCAGCCAGACACAACGGGGACGUUGUAUCUCAGUGUGAUAGUGGACAAGGACAGUCCAGUCAACGCUGACCUACUACUGGACCAGUCUGGACAGAAUGUCUACGUCCUCACUGACAGCAAGGUAUCCAAGGUGUCUGUAUCUCAGUGUGAACAGCAGCCUGACUGCCGGUCCUGUCUGUCUGUCAGAGAUCCUUACUGUGGCUGGUGUGUGCUGGAGGGAAGAUGUACUCGUCGAAUGGAGUGUAGUCGUGAGGGCCAAGCCAACCACUGGCUGUGGAGCUACCAGCCUGCCAACCAGCCUGCCAACCAGCCUGCCAACCAGCCUGCCAACCAGCCUGCCAACCACCCCCAGCCUGCCAACCAGUGUGUGACUGUCCAGAGCUUGGAGCCUGCCAUCCAAAGCAGAGAGGAGGAGACUCAGGUUUCUCUUGUGCUGGCCCUGUUGCCCACCCUGUCAGAGGAGGAGGAGUCUCUGACCUGCUCCUUCGGAACCCUCGCCCCUCAACCAGCUGUCGUCACGGGAACCACCAUAACCUGUCAAUCACCCCUGCCUGAGCUCCUCCCACCCAGCCCACCAGGAAGUGACCACAUGUCUCUGCGUGUGUCCGUGAUGUUCAGAGACGUGACCGUCUCUAGCGGUGACAUCAUCUUCUACGACUGUCGAGCUGUGGGGCGACUCAACGCCACCUCCCCGUGUAUGGCGUGUGUGGGCAGCGUGUGGCCAUGUAACUGGUGUGUUCUGGAUGGGCUGUGUACCCACAACAACAACAACAGCUGUCCCAAGCAGCACACCAUACACAACUCUGUGGAGCAGCAGUUGGAGCUAAAGGGUCCAGACUCUUGUCCCUUUGUGUGGGCUCUACAGAGUUCUCCUCUGGUCCCCAUGGGCUUCCUGUCCCCUCUGGUGCUACUGGGAAGGAACCUGGACAUGCUUCAGGGCGAGGAACAGUAUUCCUGUGUGGUGGUCGUUGUGGGGGAGGAGCUUAAACUGAACGCCACUCUGAAGAAUGACCCUGAAACCAAGGUUACCACCAUUACAUGCUCUGUCCACCAGUUCCAGUACCCUUUGAAACAGUUGGAGUACUCUGCUCCCAUCUAUCUACAAAGAGGUUCCCGUCGCGUCGACACUGCUCCCAUCCUCAGACUGCAGCUAUAUGACUGUUCAGUGGGCCAGUCUGACUGUAGCCAGUGCAGAGCGGUGUCUUCUGGGUACGGCUGUGUCUGGUGUGGUGGAGAGACGCCAGGCUGUGUCUACAAUCUCUCCUGUAGCAGCUCACCUGGGCCCGCUGACACCUGUCCCUCGCCUCAGAUCACACAGAUCCAGCCAGUGAGUGGUCCGGUGGAGGGAGGCGUUCUGAUCACAAUCCGUGGGUCCAACCUGGGGAUGCACUACCAGGACAUCCAGGGAGGAGUGACUGUAGCUGGGGUCAGCUGCCUGCCUCAGUCCCAUGGGUACCUCAUCUCUACCAGGAUAGUGUGUGAGCUCCAGCCCAGUAAACAGGAGACGGAGGGACCAGUCAUUGUUACCGUGGGAGACUCAGAACCAGGACGGUCUCUGCAGACAUUCACCUACCAGGACCCCCAGUUGACUGGUAUUGUCCCUGAUAAGGGCCCUGUAUCAGGAGGGACCAGCCUGACAGUCCAGGGGACUCGGCUACGAACAGGACAGAGGAAGGACCUGACUGCAUACGUAGGACAACAACCCUGCUACAUUGUUGAGGAGGUGAAUGGGACUCACCUGGUGUGCAGGACCAGCCCCAGUAACCAGACAGCAGAGCUGACAGUCAGGGUGUUGUUUGGGAAGGCAGAGAGGAGUGUACCUGGGCAGGUGUUUCACUACAUGGAGGACCCCGUCAUCACCGAGGCCUUUCCUGCUGAGAGCUUCUACGGGGGUGGGCGUAGUAUAAAGGUGAUUGGGCGUAGCCUGUACGUGGUCCAGCAGCCAAUGAUAACUGUGUGGGUGGAGCCUAAAGAGAACCCGCCGAUGAGGAGGAGGAGGAGGAGGAGGAGGAAUAACCAACUGGUCUUCAACAGCACCGUUCCAAAGCAGGAGCAUUGUACGGUGGUCUCUUCCUCUGAGAUGACCUGUUUGACCCCGCGUGUGACCCCUGACACUAAGGUCAUGGGGGUGUGGUUUGAGCUGGACAACGUUAAGGUGGCGUUUGAGAGCGUCGCGGGGAAGACGUUCUCCUACUACCCCAACCCCGAGCUGUUCGCUCUGAACAGAGACGACCCGGACACACCCUACCGCUUCAAACCUGGAGGGGUCAUCGCUGUAGAGGGUAAGGGCCUGACGCGUGCUAUGACCCGAGGGGAGGUGGUAGCCUGGCUGGGAGACAAGGAGUGUGAGGUCAAGACUCUGGACAGUACUCACCUGUACUGUGAACCUCCUGAGAAACAGCCAGCCAGUCUGGGGAACCACAAACUGCCCAGCCUCAGGGUGGUAAUGGGGAAGCUAAACAUAGACCUGGGUACAGUGCAGUAUGAUACAGAAGACCUCUCACCUGUUCCGCUGGCUGCCCAGGUGGGACUGGCUGCAGGGGCCACUGUGGUGGUCCUAGUGGUGCUGGUCAUUAUCCUCAUGUACAGGAGGAAGAGCAAGCAGGCUCUGAGAGACUACAAGAAGGUGCUGGUUCAGCUGGAGACUCUGGAGAUCAAUGUGGGAGACCAGUGCAGGAAGGAGUUCACAGAUCUGAUGACAGAGAUGAUGGAUCUGAGUAGUGAUGUGGGUGGACCAGGUAUUCCUCUCCUGGACUAUAAAACAUAUGCAGAGCGCGUGUUCUUCCCCGGCCAGAGGGGGGCUCCACUGAGUCAGAACCUGGACCUGCCAGAGUCCCGCAGGCAGACAGUAGAACAAGGGCUGGGACAACUCAACAACCUCCUCAACAACAGACUGUUCCUUAUCAGGUUCAUCCACACCCUAGAGGCCCAGCAGAACUUCUCCCAGCGUGACCGUGGUUACGUGGCGUCUCUCCUGACCAUGGCCCUGCACGACCAGCUGGAGUACUUCACUGAUGUCAUGAAGACCUUACUGGGGGACCUGGUGAAGCAAUACGUCGCCAAGAACCCCAAACUCAUGUUGCGCAGGACGGAGACAGUGGUGGAGAAGAUGCUCACCAACUGGAUGUCCAUCUGUCUCUACUCCUUCCUCAAGGAGGUGGCUGGGGAGCCCCUGUAUAUGCUGUACAGAGCCAUCAAGUACCAGGUGGAUAAGGGACCAGUAGAUGCUGUGACGGGGAAAGCCAAGCGCACCCUGAACGACAGCCAUCUACUGAGAGAGGACAUCGACUACUGCUCUAUCACUCUGGUGGUGAAGGGUGGUGUGGAGGUGCAGCCGUGUCCGGUCAAGGUGUUGGACACCGACACCAUCACACAGGUCAAAGACAAGAUCCUAGACCAGAUAUAUAAAGGAGCUCCCUUCUCACAGAGACCUGCUGCAGACUCACUAGACCUGGAAUGGCGAUCGGGGCAGGCAGGUCACCUGACUCUGUCAGACGAUGACGUCACAGCGGUCUUCCAGGGGCGCUGGAGGAAACUCAACACGCUGCAACACUACAAGGUACCAGACGGAGCAACAGUGGCUCUGAUCCCUGGAUCAGCUGCUGUCAUGGGAAUACACCAGGUCUACCAGACUGGAGAGAGUAAAUACUGUAAUACUACUAUAGAGACUGAAUACACCAGGUCUACCAGACCGGAGAGAGUAAAUACUGUUAUAUUACUAUAG